AUGAGUUUCCUAGUCACCGAAGACGACACUUCCAUUCUCAGCGAGGCGUUCGCCUUCAUCGACGAAGCAUGCAGCGGUGGCAGCUCCCCUGCUGGACUCGAAUCGACAGACGGCGACAGCGGGCUCGAUGCUAUUCCCUCUCUCAACAUUCUCGAGGUUAAUGAAGAGGGCGCUAAGGACAACCGCAGGGAACCGAAGCAGAAGCCGGCGAGGAAGCGUCGAGUCCGAAGUGCUGAGACUUCAUCCACCGGGCUGCAGAGACGCAAACGCGCAGAGCUGGCGAGUUUGCGCGAGCAAGCGCAAGAACUAGAAGGCGUUCUCGUUCAAAUGCAGCGCGGGGUCGUCGCUGGUCCAUUAACAGAGAGAGCUUCAGAGGAGCGGGAUUCGAGACGCUGCGAGUGGUACAGGCACGCGCUCGAGCAGUGCCAACUGCGGCUGCAGGCGGAGAAAACCAACCGACAGCUCAAGUCCAUCCUCAAGAAGCAAGCCAAGGUCCACGAAGCUCUGAACGGUGUCUUGCAGAAGCGGUCGACACUAUACCACAAGCAAAGCUCGCCGUCAAUCAACUCCUCGGUGGUGUGCAAUUACGACCAACGGCGGCAAACCAAAGUCGUCGAGUUUGAGACGACCACGCCGCUGGGCUGUUCACUGCAAGACGCGACUGCAUUCGUGUGGAGAAACUUCCAGAUUGACAGGGUAAGAAGCUUUCAUCCGAACACGCUCCUGAAGAAGGUUGUGAUCACGAUGCCGAGCCGCAACGGCGCCAUUCAAGCCGAGAAGCUCAAUUACGUACGCAAACACGAAGAUGGAGAUCAGACGCUGAUCAGUUGGGCCGACCUCAUGGUGCUCCCCACGAAGAGCGAGCUCCACUUCAGAGCGGAAGGAUUGAUUCUUCUGACGCCUUCACAAGCCGACCCGAAGCAGACGCUGCUGAGGUCGUUUCUUAAGCUCUACCUGGACAACAACAGUGCGAGCUUGUAUGUAGGUCCCGAGGACAUCGCGUACGCCCAGGAUAUCGUCCUCGGAGCAAUGGCCGCGAAGAUCCGAAUGUUCUGGCAGUCAUUCCAAAACAUGCUCAUCGAGGAAGCGGGGCCGGCGUCAAGUGACGCCUUUAGUGUCGCGUAUCCGGAUACGAGAAGUCCUCUUGGAGAUAUCUAA